GACGUCUCUCCUGCUGUAGACUUGACGCAUGCGUAACUGUCGUCUAGUCGCUCUGCUCAAAGGCACCGAGGCGGAGAGGGUUUCUCUCCACUCACCUGCAUUCAGGCACGGCGGCUCUCCUGCGCUCAUAGGCCGGGAACAGCUCUGCUGGAUACGUCCGGAGGACCGGCUCCGCACCGGCCGUCCUUCCGCAGAUGGUCUUUGUCUGCAGGCAGGGGAUCUGGAAACCCGGGCCCGCUGCGGGAGCGGGGAGGAGGCCUCGGAGCUCCCCUGUUCUGAUCCAUAAAAGAGCAGCGACAGCCCGGAUGCAUCUCUACUAGCAGGUCGGCUAGCAUCCAUCCAGAGCGGGGCUCGGGAGGCAGCGAGCAGGCCGGAUAAAGGGACCGAUUCGUGCUGCUUCGGGUCGAGGUUUCUACUGGAUUUUAUUUGGGCUUUAUUUUUCUGCGGGUUAUUCUUUAAAUCUGGAAAUCGCGGGACUGGAGGCCGGCUAGCUGCGAGCUAGCUGCCCAGGAUUACCAGGGUAACCAGACAGCUGAGGCUCCGCAGUAAAACAGACCGUCUCCCGGUGAUCUCUGACCCGCUGACAGACCUCACCGGAGGCCGGGGCGCAGCGAUGGCUGCCUUAAUCAGAAUCCGGGGGAUUGUGAGCAGGAACAAAAGGCGGUACCAGGAGGACGGCUUCGACCUGGACCUGACCUACAUUUAUCCAAACAUCAUCGCGAUGGGUUUCCCCGCCGAGCGGCUGGAGGGCGUUUACAGGAACAACAUCGACGACGUGGUUCGGUUUUUAGACUCGAAGCACAAGAAUCACUAUAAGAUCUACAACCUAUGUGCGGAGCGACAUUACGACUCAUCAAAGUUCAACUGCCAAGUCGCUCAGUACCCGUUCGAGGACCACAACCCGCCCCAGCUGGAGCUGAUAAAGCCGUUCUGCGAGGACCUGGACAAGUGGCUGAGCGAGGACGAGCAGCACGUCGCCGCCAUCCACUGCAAGGCGGGAAAGGGCCGCACCGGCGUGAUGAUCUGCGCCUACCUGCUGCACCGGGGCAAGUUCCAGGAAGCUCAGGAGGCCCUCGACUUCUACGGGGAGGUCCGCACCCACGACAAGAAGGGUGUGACCAUCCCGAGCCAGCGGCGCUACGUUGUCUACUACAACUUCCUGCUGAAGAACCAGCUGCAGUACAAACCGGUGGCUCUGCUCUUCCACAAGAUGCUGUUUGAAACCAUCCCCAUGUUCACCGGAGGCACCUGCAGUGAGUCUCGAGCAGUAAGUCUGCUGUCGCUUCGAGCGACUUCAGUUGAAUUAACGGGUGUCCCUGUGCUCCCCGCAGACCCCCAGUUUGUCGUGUACCAGCUGAAGGUGAAGAUCCACACCUCUAACCCCGGCCACACCCGCAGGGAAGACAAACUGAUGCUGUUUGAGUUCCCGCAGCCACUUCCUGUCUGUGGAGACAUCAAGGUGGAGUUCUUCCACAAGCAGAACAAGGUGCUGAAGAAGGAGAAGAUGUUCCAUUUCAGGAUCAACACCUUCUUCAUCCCGGGUCCGGAGGAAGUCCCAGAGAGGAUGGAGAACGGCAGCGCGGGGACACCCAGAGAGCUGUUUGACAGGACGCCGCAGACCCCGAUGACGCCGGGAAGCGAAACCAACGACAGAGACUACCUGGUCCUCACGCUGACCAAGAACGACCUGGACAAGGCCAACAAGGACAAGGCCAACAGGAACUUCUCCCCGAACUUCAAGGUGAAACUGUUCUUCACCAAGACGGUAGAAGAAGGAGCCAACUGUGACGCGAGCAGCACGUCCUCGAUGACGCCAGACGCCAGCGACAACGAACCGGAUCACUACCGCUACUCGGACACGACGGACUCGGACCCUGAGAACGAGGGGUUUGAAGACGAAGACCACAAUCAGAUCACAAAAGUCUGACACACACGCACUCUCUCUAAUACGCAAACAUACAGCUAUAUACGUGUAUAUAUAUCUCCAGUAUGUAUGUAUGUAUGUAUACACUCGUGAACCCAGACGAAGACUAGCGGGCGGUUAGCUAACGGGGAGUAUCGCCGGCGGACCGCAGCUGAUCAGUGGGACUCUGAUCAGAAAACUUUCGCCAUCCCCACCCCCCAAACUUCUACACAGCUGGACAAUCACAUGACAUGGAUUUGUAAGCAUGUGGGCGGGGCCAGGCGAGUGGACAGUGUGACGCAGGAAAUCACAGUUUAAAGGAGUAAAACUUGAAUCUAGACAAACGGAAAGACGAGUAGACUUCUUUAGUGACCACGCCGCGGCGUCUGUGGGACGAAGCCCCUCCCGACCAGCUUUGUUUCGUGCUGAGCGGUCUGGACUCUGUCUUCAUCUCUGCUCUCUUCAGGCUUUCUCAGUGUUGACGCUUCUCUCUGUGUGCUGAAAACUCAAAUUCAGGUCGAGCGUGGACCCACGUGGAGCUUUGAAGGCCAGUUCCUGUGCUUCACCUGAAUCUGAGACGUGGAUCACUGCGGGACAACCAAAAUAAUUUACCUGACUCAAAAUGUGAAACCACGAUGCUGAUGAUGGCAGACGGUCAUGUGAUGAACCUGGCAAAAUAUCAGCAUUGGGUGAGGCGAAUCUGUUCUUGUAAAAAGAGAUGCUGAUUUAAAAAGGUCGAACCCCCGGGUCACCGUGACCGCAUUUAUUUAUUCUCCCAAAUACUUCAAACACCUUCAACUGGAAACUCCUGAUCCAGUUUGCAGCAGCCUGUUUAAUCCAGUCUAAAUUGGGUUGGGCUGUAGGUCUGAACUUUUCUCCCCGAGCCUUGUUUGGACUGGCCGGACGGGUCCCGUCGCUGAUCUGGACCCAGUUUGGGACCAAGCACAAAGAGAAGCGACAACCUGCUGUUGAAUGUCACAGUGAAGAUGAGAAACGUUAUUAUUCACAAUCCUCUGCAGCUCCGUCAAUCAUCUGCUGAAGGAUGCUCUGAGUGCGUGAACACCUGCUUCACUGCUUCUCUGUCUGUCCUCAGUUUUGCACAGAAGGACUGUUCAGUCUUUCAAUCAGCUCCUACACUUCAAAGAACCUUGUUUUUGUUGUACUCUGAAAUAUAUCAAUCAUUAAGCUAAACGACAAAUGAGCUACUGCACAGUAUAACCAUUCCUGCAGCGAUCUGCUUUAAGCUACACACCUAUAUAGGCUAGCCCCCAGCACAGACUGAAGCAGAAAUCUUUGACUCCAGAGCGCUGGCUUUCGCUGUGUCUGGCAUGCACUUUAUGAAGGACACUCGAGUGAAUCUUGACGGCCUUGUAAAUAUUUCCAGGCGCGCUCCGUCUGUGCAGGAGAUCUGAUUCGGCUCGUGUUGCGCUGUAGUCCUCAUGAAGCUGCCGUUUGUGAGCUUUGGCUUUCUGCAGCCGGAGUCCGCAGCGUGGCAGUGCCAUCAUUACAACGUCGUGGAUUUCUUUUUAGUAAAACUACUCUAAGCUAAAGGUCUGCCAGGUCCAUUUGGAGCAUCUUUUGAAUGGACACUGGGACCUCGUCGGGGUCAUGAGGAUUUUGGGAUCACUGCCCAAAAAACAGGUGGAACGCUGUGCUGACCGAGCGGCGCCAUCACGAUGGUCAGCCUCUGUGUGUCUCUGGUUUCUGAUCUUUCAGAAUGGUAACGCUCUAGAAUUAUUACUCUGUCCAUAGACUAUUAAUCGUUUUUACUCACUACUACUUCUUGGAGAUGUUUAAGCACUUAUAUUCUUGCAAAUUGUACCUUUAACACCAGGGACGAUGGCUGGAGAGUCACGUUGGCAUCACAGCAGGUUUGAGACUUGUUUCAAACUGACAGAAUGAGUAUUAGAGAUGUUUCAGCUACUGGAGGUUUGGCUUUGCCAUGCAACAUAUGUAAAGUUAAAGCGGGCUCUUGGACGACUGUUUUGACCAUUAAGCUUCUUCUUGCACAUCCACCGUUCUGCAUAAAGAUAUUACAUGUACAGUAUAAUAAGGCCUAAUGCAGUGACCAUAAACACCGUCUGACUUCAGCCAGUCACACCGUAUAAAAGUCUGUCCGAUGGUCCGGAGCAUCUACAGGGUCAUCUGCGUCCUGGUCGGGCACAGGUAGAAGUUUUAGUCCUGAUGCCUGAUUUCCGUCCUCACAUUUGGUGCUAAAAGCUAUCGUGGACCCUGCUAUGACUGAUAGUUCAUCGUGGGUGUGGUAUCUGGGUCUCUGUUGUUGAACCUGUGGGUCUUGGCAGGUCUGGUCACACAGGAUGCACCAUGAGGAUCUAAAACACAAACUCCAAAGUUGUAGUGCCGAUGCCUUCAGUAAAAAAACCUCCCAUCUUGAUCUCCAGAUGUGUUUAACGUCAAAGAGCUGGUGACCUGUAAUGAAGGCAGAGGCAUCAGUAAUGAUGAUUUCACUCAUGUUCAGUUGCAAUCAGGAUAAAUAAGAUGCUGAACCUUGAGCUUGACCCCAAAAGGAGAAGAUCUGAAGGUGUGUUUGACCCUCAGAUCUUUGGGAGCUCGCCCGUUCUUGCCAUCCAAGGUUGAACAUGUUUGCAGAGCUCUUGGUGAUGGUGAUGAUGAUGCUGAAGCAACUGCCAACUGUUCCUUUGUGCUCUCUCUUAUGACCGAUCUAAUGCCUCCUCAUCAGUGCCAAGGGUUUUUAGGUUAGAUUGACAUUUAGCCAAACAAACGGCAUCCUGUGUGAGCACGUCUAACGCCGUGGCCUGGUGCUACUGACAGCCAGUGCAUGCAGCUUGUUGAGCGAGCCCAGGACUGGUCGUCCAUCUGUGGUGCUCUCUACCAGCAGCGUGCGUGUUCGUCCACUCCUGAUCUCUAAUGCCCAGCAGCUGUGUCGUCAGCGUGGCCAUACAGCCACUGGGAUUUUUACAGCAGCAUUUCCUGUCUCGAGUCCUGUUAGGUGCUAUCAGACCUGGCCUCACGUCCUGUCACUGACCCGUUCAGCAGUGACCAGGGUGUAGUGUAGACCUGUACCAGAGUCCAAGGUUUGACUCCAUUCAGGUGGAUUUGUUCUUAACACCCACAGUUUUACUGAAGCGCAGUCACUCGAUGAGGUUUGGGGCAGGUCGUGGUCGAGUCCAGAACGAUGGGUAGAAGCUGCGUUUUGACUCUUUGUGGUUCUCCAAAUGAUUUUCCAGCAGACCUCACCGCUUUACCCAAAGGGAAGCUUGCAGAGAUCCAGAGAUGGGUCCGAACGUGGAAGACUGAGUGCUGUAGUAUUUCAUGUUGGUAAUAUUCUCCACUGCUGAGCAGGUUCAGGUGUUUGAGGCCAGGCAGGUGCUGUCCACGUCUCUGACUGUUCAAGGUGCUCAGUGUCUUUUCAUUGUUGGUUGUAUACAAACCUCCGUUCAGCUCUUCUCCUCACCUGGAGUUUCAUAGAAAGUGGUCACCUGUUAACAGAGCUGGGGUCAAACUCCUCCCCGAUUCUGACAUCAUCAGGGAUUCUGCGGCAACUCUGUGUGAAGGAACCUCGAAUUUUGCCUUUUAAUGCACCGCGCCUGCCUCUUUCCCACUGCUGUGGUGCUGAAACAGCGGCCCCACCAGAGAGCCUGCUGCUCCUGAAGUUAGGACCCGUGCCGUCAAACGCUACGGGAGGGCCUACCGCAAGAAAUUCAUCCAGUGAUUGGCAGACUCUGGGUGGGGUGCUUUUCGCGCAGACAUUAGCCCAACAUCUGCUAACAAUUCUCAGAUCUGUGUGCUGGGUCUGGCACCAGUGGAAAAGCGGUCAUUGUGACAAGCUCCGGUACUUCCUGCUUCCUCAGACGUCCUGUUUCUGUCCCCGACCACACAGUGCUUCAGCUCUGCUGUUUGCGUCUCUUCACCAAACCUGCCACGAUGAAGCUCGGACGCCUUUGUGUUCCUAAUUGUUGAGUUUGGGUCCGUUUGUAAUUACAGUCUGUGUUCACACUCUGUUUGUUUUUCGCCGUAAGGUUAAGGUGUCACCGUUUCUCUGUGCAACAGUCUGUAGAUAGAUGCUCUAUUGAUCCCACAAGGGAACUGGGACCCAUCAAGACAUGUGGCAUAGUCUGCUCGUGUUAUCCUCACGGAGAACCUCGUUAGAAUAACGGAUUCUGCAUUUCACAAACCAGCGUCAGUGUUUCAGCCUCCUUUCAUUCAAGUAAAUCGGAUGGAUGUCAUAUGACCACACCUUCAGUAGUUUCAGACGUUUCCUCUGAGUUGUGUACCCAAACCAUGUCUGUUGGUCCAGUCAGAGAAAGAACAACAGAAACUCGUCCAGAUCAGGCUGUUUAGCCAUCUGUUCUGCUUUUGUCUUAUUACUCUGCUUUCCUGAUGAGCUGAUGUCAGCUGUUCCCCAGAUCUGAGUCCUGAACAUAAAACAACACAUCAUUGGCGUAGAGUGUAUCUCCUCUCGCUCCUGUUCAGUCUAAACAUGGCCAAAGCUUCAAACGUUAACCUGCAGGCCAACUACAGAAACUAGAGCCCCGGGUGCUGCCCCUCAGCAGGCUUCCAGAAGACGGCGAGCGUGAUUUCAGGCCAGGCUUUAGUGGACCAAGCUUUGACUGGUCAGUCCACCGGGUGUGGUGAAAUACGUUUUAACUGAGGUUUAAUAACUAAAUAAAUGUGGGCCCGUGUCUUCCUGGCCUCCUGUUAACACUUGAUGGCUGUUUCAACACAUCCAGAAUUAUUUGCUGUCAUUAACGGGCAGCUCCCUCUUUGCCUUUAAAUCUAUAUUUCACAGAUGUGUGGUGUCAUCACUAAGCCCCACCUCCUGCUGUUGAGUAACUCGGUAACAAAAUAAACUCGAGCACCUUAAAUCCGUUAAAGCUGACGACGUGUCUUGGCGCAUUUGACCAGUGAAAACUAAAAGGAACGCGGGACGCUACGCAGCUGCUCAGCUUGUUUUCACGGCGACAAAAACAGCCAUUAACGUUAGCUUAAACGAGGUCGCUAGCACAAUGCUAACAAUAACUUUCCUUCUGCUUUGCUGUUUAAGGACGGCCCCUUUUUGGGGCGGGGUUUGUGGUCUCGAUCAGAUGUGGUUUUGUACCCGACUCCGAGCCUCGUGUCACACGUCAGCUGCACACAGGUGUUCAUUUUAGUUUCCAAUCAACAAACAAAAAAUGCCACCUGACUACAAACUAUAUCACCAUGGCAACAUGUUAAUCUGACCCCCCCUCUUUUAUUCCUCCUCUCUUUGUUUUAUAAAGAAAUAAAAACACUGUAAAGGUGAAUAAACUAUUUAUAAACAGCU